GUAUUUAGGACACAGUUGUUAAUGGAAGAAUUCAUGUAUAAGUCCAAAAUAAGGAGGGCAAUCUAAUCUUUGUGGAGAUGGCAGGGUUCCUAGACAACUUCCGGUGGCCGGAAUGUGAGUGUAUUGACUGGAGCGAAAGAAGAAACGCCAUCGCUUCCAUCGUUGCGGGCGUCCUGUUUUUCACAGGUUGGUGGAUAAUGAUAGAUGCUGCAGUAGUUUACCCUAAGCCGGAGCAAAUGAACCACGCGUUCCAUACCUGUGGGGUGUUUUCAACACUAGCUUUUUUCAUGAUUAAUGCUGUAUCGAAUGCACAGGUGAGAGGAGACAGCUACAGCGACGGAUGUUUAGGAAGAACAGGUGCUCGUGUCUGGCUCUUCAUUGGCUUUAUGUUGAUGUUUGGUUCACUUAUUGCUUCCAUGUGGAUUCUUUUUGGAGCAUACGUGACACAGAACACUAAUGUUUACCCUGGAUUAGCAGUGUUUUUCCAAAAUGCGUUGAUAUUUUUCAGUACCUUGAUCUACAAGUUUGGAAGAACAGAAGAGUUAUGGGGAUGAGAGAUCACAUACAGCAUUGCCUAUGCCAUAGUUGCUAUGUUGUACUACGUAUGUAGAUAGAUUUCCGUUUGUUUGUUCUCAGUUGGCUUUCUAAACUCUACGAACAGAGACAAAUUACAGUUUCCAUAACCCACUCCCUCUUUUCACAGGACAGGUUUGUGAAUAUGUACAUAAGACUGUAUAUAUCUUAAAAAGGGAAUGUCAGGCUUUCUUUCUGGAAUCUUCUGGCUUAUUUCUUCAAACACACGGGUUUCCGUCAGCUCCCAAGACUUCACCUUCCAAACCUUCACGUGUUUCAGAGACUUCAGCG